AUGGGAUCUUCUCAGAUAUAUGAUCAUUCAUGUUGUGUUUUAAGAGAAAGGGGAGCCUUGAAGCAACGGUUGAGUUGUCUCGGUGUAAUCUCAACGUCACAAGUUCUAGCCGUGGAAACAACCACCGAUAUAAUUAUCAAGUUAGGUUGCAGACGUGCAAAGCUGAAGGCUGCACCUCCAGCUAUUCCAAUGGAGAUUAGAGUUGAGAAGGCACUCGAUGCAACCUAUGUUUGUUGCUUCGGAAAGGAUCCUAUAGAGGAGGAAGACGAGACGUUGCUUAUCACAGCAACAAGAGAUCCAGCAGAUGGUAAGAGAAAAGGCAUUGAGAGUAGCAGAAGGAGGUGGCGAUGAUUAUGUUCUGGAAGCAAAGCCCUUGUCAAAAGAAGCUGUGGAAUUGCAAAUGAAGGACCUUCAGUUCCUCAGACAAAAUAGUGAGACUUAAACCGAGUGUAGCCAGUGAUGUUUUUGAAAUGUGAACACGGUGAAUGAAAAAUUAUGUUUCAGAUAUGCUGUUUCAGUGUUUUGGCAACUCGAAAAAGGGUCAGUGAUUUU